AUGUUGCAUUACUACCUCAAAGCAGAGGAGGCCCACGUGGUCAUACUGGCUAACCGCAGCGCCUUUAGACUUCGGUUCCACUUUAAAAACCUCUCCAGCUAUUUCAUUCCCUCCACUUACGUGCCUACCUUCCUCCUGCUGGUCAUUGGGUACCUAACGUUCUUCUUCCCCAUUGAUGACUUCAGUGACCGCAUUAUGUCAGCGCUCACCUCCCUGCUGGUUGAGGCUGCCUUCUUCACACAGGUGAGCGCGUCCAUCCCCCAGACGUCCUACCUGAAGCUGGUGGACAUGUGGUUUGUCUUCUGCAUCAUUUUCUUGUUCGUCGUAAUGUUGGCCCUGGUCACCAUUAACACUUUGCAGGCCGAGGGAAACGCGAACACCCAAGUGGAGGAGAUCAAACCAGAGGAACCUUUUUACAUGCGAUUUAACCUCAAGAUCAACCCAGAACCCGAAGCCAAGGUGGAUCAACAAGGGGAAGGCGGGGCGUGCUGCUGCGGGGCUGAUCUGAGUGAGAGAAGGUGGGCUGAUAAUGUAAGUGUGGAUGAUGAGGAACACCUAAAUGAGAAAUUGGUUGAGAAUGUGCGGAGUAGGAUUUGUGAGAGUAGGCAAGAGAAAGAGAGGCCAGGAAGGAGCGAAAAAGAAUGA